AUGGAUGGCCAGGGGGCAGAAGAGAUUCUGCAUUGGAACAUUUACACGGAUGGGUCUUCCAAUAAGCAGGCAGGAGGAGCCGGUGUAGUACUCAUCUCUCCAGAGGUAAAUAGGAUUGAGUGCAUGAUCCAACUCAAGUUUUCAACUUCCAACAAUGAAGCGGAAUACGAAGCUUUAAUAGCAGGGCUAGACCUCGCAAGAGUAGCAGGGGCUAAGAACAUGACCAUCCACUGCGACUCCCAAGUCAUAACCGGUCAAGUCAAUGGUAGCUACGAAUGCAAGAAUGAAAGAAUGAAAAAAUACCUUGAUAAGGUGAAGGGUCGAAUUGGCAGUCUCCAAAUCAAGUUCAUCCAAAUCCCAAGGGAGGAGAACGAAUGCGUCGAUCGACUUGCUAAGGCUGCCUCAGCAGAACGCAUGGUUGCCCCAAGUCAAAUAUUAUCUUUCGUCCAAACCUCGUCACUCAUAAACGAUGGUACAAAUGUGUAG